AUGGAUGCGCUGGAGCAAACUUUCCCAGAGCUUCUGGCGAGGGACUUGGCGAGAUCGCAGGAUGUCUUCCGCACCAGGAGCUUGACCGCAGGGUCACCGGCGGCGUCGCUGGCCCUGGAAUGCCAGCCACCUCAGGUCCCGCACCGCAAUCCUGGUCGUGUUGUUACAAGUACGUUGCACCGCACGACCUCAGAGACCGCCUUGUGCUCUCCAGGGGAGUACGCUAGGGCCAGGCCUGGCACCGCGAGGAGACAGCAGCGGGAGAGGCAGCAGGAAGAGUGGCCCCUAAAAGGCCCCGGGCCCCGACUCAGUUCGCUCCCAGACAGACGGCAGGACCACAUGUUCGCCAUCAAGGAGAUCCACAUGAAGCAGGGCAGCAAGAAGGAGAGCAAGAGGUUGUUCCUCAACGGCCUUGACGACGACUGGGUCAGUGAUUCGUCCACAGACAUUGAGCCUGGGACGUCGUCGCCAUCGGUCCGGACUCGAAAGCAGUCGGUAACUACUGCGGCCACAUCAGUGGAGAUCCAUUCGGUGCUCGGAGGAAUAGGAGAAGCAUGUCUCUCGCCGGCUAGCAGCCUGUGCAAGGAAGCUGCAAGAGCUCCUGGGAGUGGCGACAGGAGCUGGGUGGACUUGGAGCCUGACAUGCUGAGGCCCGAGGCACAAGUGGAUGUCGGCGUGGCAUCUGUCGGGGCUGCUGAGUAUUCCGACGGGCCUCAGGCCCAACCAGCAACGCGGUUGAGCGUGAGGGCCAACACAGAACAGCUUGCCCAUGUCGAUGUUCCCAGGAGGAGGUCCUCUCUCAGCCAUCAAGUCACAAGUAUCGUUAUCGGGGAGGCGACGCAGGUCCGCGUAGGCUGUGCCCCGUACAAGGUCGACCUGGGGGCUGCUGCUGCCUUCAAGCCCCCAUCACCCUCUCUACUACACGAGGCAUCUUCCUUCCUGCCCCGGCCGUAUCAUUCUCCAGACGACUGGGAAACCAGCGAGGCUGCCUCGUACCGGGUCCCCGCCGCCAGCUGCCGACAGCCCUCCUACGAGCCACAGUACGCCCUCACAGCUACCUCGAGCUACCAGCUUCGACCUCCCACGCCACCUCCGCAGGAGGCUCUUGCUCAUGACGCCUCGGACGCUUCUCAGCCUUCGCGCCAGCACCCAAGUCUGCUCCACAGGCUCCGCAAAACACAGAGCCAUUCUAGGAUGCCCAUCGUCACCCAGGUCCAGUCCUGGCUGGACUCGAGCGCCACCACUGCUCACCUCACCUCACCAACCGACCUCACUGUCACCUCGCCCACGACCAAGGCUCCAAUCGGCAGUGUCCGGGUCGCAGCUGAGGUCCUGGAAAACCUACGCAUCAGUGUCGGCAACUUUCCAGAGACAAUGCUUCGCACCUCCUCUCUGACCGUACAGACGAUCCGUAGCUAUUCGCGCAAGCUCAGGCGCGGGGGCAUCAGCAGCGGUGACCGUGGCUUCGGCCGUGACAGCGACGACUACACGUUCGCAGCUUUCGACACUCACACCAUGGAAUCUGUUCCUGUGUCUAUGGACCGCAAGUCGUCGUUGGGCAACCUCCGGCUCAAGAAGCUCUCUCUGCGUGGGAGGAAGCUUCAUCUCCCAUCUCGACAGGCAUCUGCUCACAACCCGCCCUAUGUGAAGGAGGAAGACGACUUCUGGCCACCCGUGGACCACCACAAGUACUCCAUGCUAUCCAACUCAUCCCCUUCCCGCAAGUCCUCUGAGGUGAGCGCCUGCGUCGGUGCCCUGCGCAGCAUCUUCCCUGACGGGACUGACUAUCUUCUCGACGGCCUGUAUGCCCACCUUAUCGCCUAUAACUACAUAAACUCUCUCUGCGGCGCCAUGCCUCAUAUGCUGAGCAGCCCCGGUCAACCCGGUCUCCGCUCCCGACCAUCCUUGAACUUCCCCCCCGGCGUCACUAGUCGUACAGACCUGGAGCUACAGGACCGUGACGACCUGGCGAUCCGUGAGCUUCAAGAUGAGGUCUCCAGCAGUGCAUCAACCGCCGUGGUUCCCAAAAAAGCGGCCUCGCUCCUGGGCCUUGGCGCGACGCACAUGGGCAAACCUGUCAGGCCGCGCCCAGGCACCUUGGCUGGCCGCAAGGACAAGCACGGUAUGGCGACCCCGCCCGCAGCGUCUUUCUCCGCUUCUCUUGAGUCCGAGUCGGCCUUGCGCGACCUCCGUGAUGCCAUUGCCAGCAAUGUCAAGCGGCUCGUGGAGACCGUCAAACAGUGCUCGGCCGCCGCUGCCAGCAGAGACGGCGACGAUGACAGUGAGGAUGCUGCCAUCCUGGCACGGAGUGCCCGGGAGCUGGAUCCAACCCUGUUGCGUGCCCUCUGUGAGGUAGUGCGCUGCUACGAAGAGCUUUCAUAG